AUGAUCCCUUUCAAGCCGGUAAUCUGGGCGCAGGACCCAUUCAAUCUGUCUGAAGCUGAUCACUCCACCAUACACCACCUCCUGAUUGAUGUUCAGGACACGCAGCCGCGAUAUCGUGCGGAACUAGCAGUUGCCGAGACGCCUCAGCUUCGUCAGCAUCUUUGUGCCGACACUUCUGAAGAGGCAGCGAGGCAGCGCAAGCAGAUAGGUGUGCUUUGCGACCCCAUGACACCCCUCAGUUGGGAGGAAGCAGAAAGCCGGGCUGCAUCGACGUUGGCAAAAAUGACCCAGCAAGAGCGGCACACGCUGAUGCAAGGAGUUGGUUGGAUUUCGAUGCCGUACGGGCUGCCAGCGCCGCUGCCUGCUAUCCCAGCACUCGGCCACUACAUGGGCAACAUUCCUGCCAUCCCGCGGCUGGGGGUGCCGCCGCUCAAGCUCCACGAUGCCGGCAAUGGCUUCCGUAACAUGCCUGGUGGGCAAGGAAAAGCUGGAAGCACCGUGAUGUGGCCCUGCUCACUGGCUUUUGGUGCAUCCUGGGAUCCGAAGCUCGUAGAAGAGGUGGCUGCCGAGAUUGGCCGUGAAUAUCGCGGCAAAGGGUCCAACCUCAUCCUGGGUCCAAGUGUGCAGGUGCAGCGUGUUGCGCGCAACGGUCGGAACUUCGAGUACAUGUCAGGUGAAGAUCCAUACCUGGGAGCAAAGCUGUCUGCCGCAUACGUCAAGGGGGUGCAGGGGCAGGGCGUCAUGGCUUGCCUGAAGCACUUUGCCUUCAAUGAGCAGGAGACAAACCGAAUGACAGAAAGUUCCGUGGUGGAUGAUCGCACAGCCUGGGAGCUCUACUACCCACCUUUUGAGGCUGGCGUUGCUGCCGGCGCAGGCUCCGUGAUGUGCUCCUACAACCGCGUGAAUGGGACUUAUGCCUGUGCAAACGAAGAGCUGCUGACGCGAGAUCUGAAGCAGAAGAUGGGGUUCCGAGGUUUUGUGAUGACGGACUGGUGGGCACUCCAUGACCCGGCCGAAGCUUCGGUCGUAAGAGGACUUGACAUGGAGAUGCCAGGAGCUGGUGGUGAAACGUUUUUCUUCCCUGACAAGUUGGAGGCAAUGGAGGAGCGUCAGGAUGGGAGCUUCAAAGGCUACGCGAAACUGGAGAAGACUGAACUCUACAAGGAACCAGCUCGGAGGAUUUUGGCUGCCGCACACAAGAUGCGGUUUUUUGAUGCACCCGCUUGCACCCCCGGCCGUGACUGUAUGGAUCCUGUCUUCUCCGAACAGCGCAGCUCAGCGAACUUGGCUUUGGCACGGAGGUCUGUCAGAGAGUCCAUAGUGCUGCUGCAGAACAAGAAGUCCCUUCUUCCCCUCCUGAAUGUGAAGAGGCUGGCUUUAGUUGGCGAUGCCUGGAAGGCUCCAAGCUUGAGCACCGAUCAGCUGGGCAUGUUUGGGGACUACUACAGCGGUGGAGGAUCAGGGCAUUGCUAUCUCCCGCCUGAAAGGUUCAAGACACCCCACAUGACAGUCACAGCGUAUGCGGAGGCCAAUGACAUUUACACCACGAGCUCCUUGAGCAAUAAUGCCACAGAGGCGCUCUCUGUGGUGUGGGAUGCAGAUGUUAUUGUUGUCCUUGUAGCAACGACGGCUGAAGAGAGCCGCGACCGUGCAUCGCUACACUUGGACAACGGUGCUGAUGCCUUGAUUGAAGCCUUAUCGAAAAUUGGCAAGCCGGUGGUGGUGUUGGUGCAAGCCCCUGGGACAGUGGUCCUGCCAUGGCGAGAAGCUGUUGACUCCAUUGCUCUCAUGUUCCUGGGAGGUGAGUUCACUGGAGCUGGCUGGACCCAGCUGUUGUUCUCCGAAGUGUCGCCAUCGGGCAAGCUGCCGCUCAUGAUCCCAAAGCAUGAGAGCCACACAGUUGAACCAGGAAAUGACCCCGAAGUUCCGUACAGUGAAGGUCUUUUCACAUCCUACCGGGCUCCAUCGGCAUCUGAGACGGCCGCCUUUCCGUUCGGCCAUGGCCUGUCCUAUGCAAACUUUGAUAUUGCUGCUCCCGAAGUCUACGAGUGCAGUGCACUGCUUUGCGUGGCAACCACCGUCACCAAUGCCGGCUCAAGAUUUCCUGGCGCAGAAGUCGUACAGGCAUAUGCCGAGUUUCCACCUGAGGCUCAGGAGCCAAAACUUGUUCUGCGAGGUUUCCAAAAAACCUCAGUUUUAAAACCGGGCGAGUCUGAGAGAGUAGAGCUCAGUUUCACAGCCCGAGAUUUUUCCAUUUAUUCGACCACUGCUGGUGGCUGGAUCCUUCAGACUGGAGUCCGCAUCCACAUCGGCGUCUCCAGCGCUGACCUGAGGCACUCCCUCGAUGUGCCCGUUACGGGAUAG